AAUUUUCUUAUUUCAUAGCUGAAUAAAAUUUGAAUUCGGUAUAGCUUAAAAUUGAAUGCUUACCAUUAAACUUUAACGAACGCAUAACAAACAUGAAUAAUAAUAUUACAAGCUUAGAACCCUCGUUAGAAAAACAAUUAAAAGGACAUCGCAACAGUAUUACAGCCUUGUUCUACAAUCCCAAUGAAAAGCAAUUGGCCAGUAGUUCUUUGGAUAAUAGCGUUCUGCUCUGGGAUCUACGUGGUACUAUGAGAAGUUAUAGAUUUCAAGGCCACGAUGAAGCGGUAAUGGAUGUAACCUUUUCACCAUCAGGAAAAUAUAUGGCUUCUGCAUCCCGUGACAAAACUGUCAGGCUUUGGGUUCCAACUGUUACAGGAAGCACAGGGAUGUUUAAAGCACAUUCUCAGACAGUGCGUUCUGUUCAAUUUAGUCCAGAUGGGUCGAAGAUAGUAACAGCAUCAGAUGACAAAAUAGUAAAACUAUGGUCAAGUGAGAAACAUAAAUUCUUAGCGUCAUUUGUAGGGCAUACAAACUGGGUUAGACGAGCUUGUAUGUCUCAUGAUGGUUCUAUCAUAGCUUCCUGUUCUGAUGACAAGACAACCAGACUAUGGAACCCUGAUAGUGGAGAAUGUAUACACACCUAUAAAGAUCAGAAAGGCCAUGGGAUGUAUUUGGCAUGGCAUCCAUCUGGCUGUUAUAUUGCCGUUGGUACAUCACAUGGAAAUGUGAAACUUUAUGAUAUUAGAACCCAUAAUCUUGUACAGUAUUAUAGUAUCCACAGUGAAGCAAUAACACAAUUGACAUUCCAUCCUAGUGGAAGUUAUAUCUUGACUUCAAGUAAGGAUGGCAAGAUGAAGAUAUUAGAUUUGUUGGAAGGACAUCCAAUAUUUACCCUAAGUGGUCACAGUGGUCCAGUAAAUGCUGUUGCAUUUUCUCCAAGUGGAAAAAGUUUUGCCUCUGCUGGUGAUGAUAAAUUGGUUUUUAUUUGGAGAACAAUUUUCACUGAACUUGAUGGUGAAGCAAAGGAAAAUAUUGAACAAAAUCCAGUGUCAACUUCUAGAUCACAGAAUUCUAAAGAACUGUCAUUGGGAAAGAUAAAAACAAAUUAUGCCAUAGAACUUCAAAAACUAGAGUUCAGAGAUAAUUGUGACUUCUCUAAACAUAUCUUCCAUCUAUAGACAUGUUUAAAGUUAGAUUAUAAAAUAAUAAAAUUAAUCAACCAAUUAGGGUGUGAAGAUUUGGUAUCAAUGCUAUCAUAGUACAAAGUAUCCUGUGACUACUUUUGUGCAUAUUGAUAAUGCGCCAGAAAUAAGUAUUGAUUCAACAAAUCACAAUUUGCAAGAAAUUGGGCCUAAUGCACAUGG